AUGCUUUUGAAGGCCUCGACAUUGUUGAAUUCGGAUUCUGAGGAAGAUCUUGAAGUACUGCAGCAGCUGCAAGACUCAAAAAAUGACCAUGAUUUUUUAGAAGACCAUGUCGACGGCAACGAAGAGGAAGAGUCUCUCGCUGACGAAGUUUCUGAUGGCUCGGCGAUCCUGACACCAGAGGAAGAGUAUGAAGAUGCCCAGUCAUAUGCAAGCUCGGAUCCAGAAGAACGUGACCUUCGAAGUACUACCAAAGACCAUAAGCGAAAGCCAAGGGGUUACUCUUCCAAUCAAGAUGCUAACGUUCAUUCUCGAGGUAUGCUCGAGAAUCCGACGAGAACUGACCAUGACCGAAGCCGGGUCAUGCUGUUUUCCGGCUCAGACGUCGAAGACAUUUUGCAUGUUGUCAAUUCAAGAGACCAAUGGGCUGCUGAUCCCACACUACCAUGCAGAGGGAAUAUGUGCCAUUCAGUCUCGCACACCGACGAAAAGCGUCAGAUGGAAGCAACGGUAGGUUGGGACUGGUACUAUGACCACGGAGGUCGAAAUUUGUUUGCUAAGAAGCAAAAAGUACCAGUGCUGAGCUCGGAAGAGGGUGUCGCUUAUUUGCCUCCGACUACAUCUAGCAGUCACAGCUUUCUUAUGGGGCCUUACGGAAGACAGAAGGUAUUUACCCUACCACUGUCGCAAACCCUAAGCCUCGAGGAAGCAUGGGACACUGAUUUCGAAUCGUCUGAACAAUCUGGAGAAGAAUUCAGAAACAGCAAGAGACGAAGGCUUGGCUGGAUGUUGAAUGUUGGUACCCGUGUAAGAUGUCUAGAUUGGGCCCCAAAUCAUUACGGUGAUACACAGUAUCUGGCAUUGGCAGUUGCUGAAGCUUCGACCUCCACUCGCGCAACAACGCCAAUCGAAGCUCCAGCAUUCACACCCUCGUGUUCUGCUCCUUCGAGUGUUCAGAUAUGGUCGUUUGAAUCCUCCAACAACACCAUGGGUCCCACCCAACGACCUGAACUCAAACAGGUGUUAUGUACCGAAUGGGGAGAAAUUACUCAACUUAGAUGGUGCCCUGUACCCAGGGCCAAGAGAGACGAAGACGCUCUUGGCAAGAUCUCUAUUGGGUUGCUCGCCGGUAUUUGGGGUGACGGUUGCGCCAGGGUCUUGGACGUCCAGCUUGAAAAGGGGCAAGGGGCCAAUACGAGCUACUUGAAGGUCCAGUCAGCAGUGUUCUCGGCCAGCUCGGGGCUUCUACCUCUCGCAGUUACAGAGCAAGAAGACGUCAGACCGGUCACCACGUGCCUGACUUGGCUUUCGGCCACAGAUCUUGCCAUUGGAUACUCCAAUGGCGCCCUCGGAAUCUACAAUAUCUACCCUCAAGUCCCCCAUUCAUCGCUACCAAAUUUGCACUCGAAUAACUCGGCAGAUGAUAGCGCAUGGCCUCCUACCCCUGCUCCAGCUGAGCACAAUGAAUUUCCUGAAGCAGCUAAUGCGUCCAAUGGUGGAUCCCGGAACCCAAGCCUCCCGUCCCUCAGUGGCUACGACCUAGAAGACGAAACAACGCAUGUGAACAUCGGGCCUUGGCUGUUCCUCCAACUACACUCGACCUACAUACUGUCGCUCACAACCGCCUAUCCCACUCAUCCCACCCUCUUAAUCUCUUCCUCGCUAUCCGGCAACCUUCGCCUGACCUCUCUCCGCGCACCUACAACCGAUUACGUCCUUUCAACGCGCACACGUACGCCACCAUCAAGUCUCGCGUACUGCGACAGCCUCCUUUCAGUGGUCGCUCUAGAGGAGACCUCGGAGACCUUACGGUUGUGGGGUUUGCGUUGUUUCUAUGCCAGCAUUGCCUGCGGGAAGCUGGGAAGCGCGCCGGGGCCUGGACAGGGGAUCGUGGAUGUAGGCAAAUGUCAUUCUUCUAUCGCUGCAGGUGGAGCCGAUGGGAGUGUCAUUAUCACGAACCCGAUGAGAAAAGCGCUCGGGAGGAAAGAUGCAGGCUGGCAGCAAGUUGUCUUCAAGCAUGAGUGGGUGAGGAGACCAGGGCAGGGCCCUCAUCAGGGUAUGAGUCGUAUUACGGAAGGUUACAAGGGAGAAAUGGUGUAUUUUGGCUUGCAACAUGGGAGUAAACCUAAGGAAAGCGUGGCUAAGAGUACAAUUUACGAAGAGGAGACCGCUGUGACGGCGUUGGCAUGGAACCCAAACAAUUGUGGAUGUGGAGGAUGGUUGGCCGUAGGUUGGGGAAGUGGGUUGGUCAGAAUACAGGACAUGGCGGUCUAA